CAGUCAAACACUAUAACCCAGCUCCGAACUUGAAGAGAAAAGGAACUGAGGAUUGAAUUUUUCGUAACUUAAAGGGCUUUUUUUGUUAAAAUGCAACCAAAUUACAUAGUGCAAGUGAAUCAUAUUAGAAGCUAUCAUCCUGCUAUGUGAAAGGGUUGUCAAAUACGAUGAAUUGAAAGUUUAAAAGAUAAUUUUCUCGGACGCGUGCUGAUAAUAGCACAAAAGCACACACACCAUACUCAUAAAAUCAACUUGCAUUCUUCAUAUUUUUUCAUUGGCUGUUCAUGUGUGGAUGUGUGUGGUGCAAAAUAAAAUCUACAAACUAUUAAUAUUGUGGUGAAGAUGGAUUCUAAUCGAUGAUUAAAGAGCAUCGGUGAACUGAAAUAAAGUAAAAACUAUAGUUAUUACAUAAAUAAUAGAUUCGUCAAGCGCCAGAGUAAUGGAGGGAACAAAUAUGGAGGUGGAGGAGGCGGUGUCUAUAGCGACAAGGUCGAGUUCGGCAAAUAAUGGAAAGAAUGACAUCAAAGUCUCCGAGGAUGGCGUAGCUAAGUUAACGUUUGGAUUCUUGGACGAUAUGCAAGGCGGAGAUAGCAGUCUAGAACCGGGCGAAGUGAAGACACCACCUCCAGGCUCUAGUCCUGCCUCGACAAAGGAUUCUACCCCCAUGCGAACAACAAAACCCGAACCCCCUUCGAAACAGUUGGCAAGGGAAGCGUUAGCCAAAGCAAUGAAAACUGUGUCACAAAUGGAAGCGGAGGCAUGCGAAGAAAAGGUUCGAUUAAUAUUGGAAUUAGAUGCCAAAAGGCGAAGGGAGGAAAAGCUUCAGAUCGAAAAACAGCGAGAGAAAGAAGAGGAUAAAGGGGAGACGAGUAAAAAAUCUAAAGAUGAACGUAAGAGCGCUAAAAAACAUAAGAAAAGCAAAAAAACCACAAAGAAAGAUCCAAAGGAAUCUGAUAGUGAUGACAGUGAAGGUUGCAAAUCUCUGCCGAAGAAGCCUAAAACCUCAAAACUAGCCGAGACUGACGAAAGUGAAGGAUUGUGUUCGUCAGGUGAUGAAGACAGCGAUAAGUAUGUAGAAAAAGUUUCGUCGGUUGUCGUUACUGCCUCCAACGCUCCCUCAAACCGCUUUACACCACAUAUCGUACACCCCCCUCAUCCAUCUCAUCUACCGCCCGAGGCAUUUAUGGGUUAUCGUAAUCUAAAUCCUUUCAUGCGGGGAGCCCGUAUGGACUUUCCACAUGGUCGCGGUGGAUUUAUUCCGCGUGGUAGAGGCGGAAUACGUGGAGGACGAAUGCCCUUUCCGGGAUUUCGACCGCCAUUUUUUAAUGCUGGUGGUGGAGGUGGUGGUAUUUCUGGUCCCUUGGCUCGCCAUCAUGGUCCUCAGCAUAGACAACAACAUCAUACUCCACCACCCAAUCGGGGUCAUUCACCAAUACUGCCGCCCUCAACAAACUUAAUAUGGACAAAAUGUAAACCUACAAUUUCGUAUGCAUUUAAAUUGAGCAAAGAAUCCCGAAGUAAUGACAAGUUGAACCUUGGAAUUAAAUUAAACAAAGAAACGGGUCAAACAGAUGAAGAAAAUUGGGAUGAAGAAGAUAAACGCCCUGAUGGCGAUAGCCAUGACACUGAAAAACAAAAAAAGAGCAAGGACAAACAUAAAUCUUCUUCAAAAGAUAAAAGUAACAAAAAGAAAAAAAUUAAAGAAGAGAAAAAACGAAAAAGAAAAUCGCCAUCUAAAAUAAUAUCGGCGACAGCAAAGUCUUCAAAGAAGAAGAAGUCAAAGAAAUCCAGUAGACGUAAAAUAGAAAAAAUACGAAAAUCGUAUGUAAAGUCUCGAAAAUCUUCAGAAGAUACUGAAAACUCUGCCGAUAAUAAGGAAACAGAGAGUAAAGAAGAGUACAUACCAAACGAACAGGAAAUUCGCGACAAAGUACAGAAUAUGAAAGUGGAGAAAUUAGAAGCUGUUACUGAAAUAAAAAUUGAAGAUAUCACAUUGAAAGUGAAGCCUCUAAUUAUCAAGCAAGAACCACCAGAGACUGAUGAACCGACAGGAGCUGAAAAGAAAGCGUAUGACAUGUUUGCUGAAUCUCCGCCAUCUCAUUCGCUGUCAAAGAAAGACGCAGUUGAUGCUUCUGUUGGGGUGGGUGACAGUGCAGGAGAUUUAAAAGAAUUAGUAAAUACAGUGAAGCCACAAUGUGCUACUGAAAUCGGCAGUGUAACUCCACCGUUGCCCAUCAAAAGCCAGACUAAAGUACAAAAAUCUCCCACAUCUUUUCACGAUGCAAAGGAGAUACAAAAGCGUAUCGAUAAAAUACUUCAGCAGGAUGACAUCAAGUUGGAGGCAAUAGAAGCAGCCAAGGAGAAGUUAAUGCUCAAAACUCAGAAAUAUCAAAGUACAAAAGAGAAGCAACAUCAAAAUUCGAGUGUAACACAGAAAUCAAAGGAUGUGGAGAAGCAGGAAACCAAGCUCAGCGUGGAUAAUUCGUCGAAAAAAGACGAUGGCGAUACAAAAUAUCAGGAUAAAAGCGAGACAUCAAAGAAAAUUACAAUAAAUAAGGAAAAGUCAUUAAAACACAAUGACAGUGACCGACGUCGAGACACUUCAGAGCAUAAAGGUGAUGCAACUGCCAAAAACAGUAAGGACAAAGGAAGGUCUCUAUCAUCGUCUAAUAGAGACAAUCCUCAUAAAGAUAGGGAUAGGAAUGAUUCAAAAGAUAAAUUGAGACGCAAGGAUGAUCAUCGUCAUGAUUCCCGUUCAAAAUAUUCUCGUAAUCCUUUUAAGCGUUCAUCAUCACGCGAUCGUGGAUCGACUAGUAAAUCUGAUAGACACCGCCGAUCACGUUCAAGAGAUCGCGAUAACUCUUCUAAACACAAGGGUUCUUUUGAACUGAAGAAAGAUGAUAAUUCUGGAAAAUUAUCGUCUAGUCGGCGACAUAGUAGCAGCAGUGGCAGGUCCAGUUUGUUAAAUCGUUCCAAAUCAAAUGACAGAUCAGACAGCAGGAGUAAUAGUUCCAAUACUAAAGACAGAUUGCAUAAAGAAAAUAAUCGUUCGCCCGACAAUAAAUCGGCAACCAAACCAAAAUCUCCAAGUAGAAAGCUUGAUAAAAACAUAGACAGCAAAGCAAAAGGAAAGGAAAAAGACAAAAAUCCGGAUUCUACUGUAGCAUCUUUGACACCUCCUCCACCCACUACAAAAUCUGCAGAAAAGUUAGAAGAAGCCCAAAAACUCUCAAAGAAAGUGGAAGAGAAAACUACAAGAAUGAGGCCACUUUCAUUUUCACGAAGUGAAUUUCUUUCUCCCACCGAGGAGGCGGGUUCAGAUUUAAAUGACGACUCGCAAGAAUACUCUUCGCCCCCCACAAAGUCUCCAAGUGAUAAGGGCAAUAGCCCGGAUACUGACGACUACAUGGAUAAUUGGGAAAAUGAAGAAGACGUAGAUUUGGAUUUGAAUGUGCCCGAUGAAAGUUCAACUCCAAAACGUGUGUCUCCUGAUUUGAUGGAAGAAGACUCAUUUGUAACUAAAUUUGUUAAUCCUUCUCCACCACCAAAUAAUGAAGGUGCUAUAGGAAAGGAUAUGGAUACAGAACUUUGCAGUUCAGUCCACCCGGCCACACCGCCAUUAGAACUGCUAAAUGCGGAUGCGGUGUCUCAAUCAUCAAUUGCAGCCACAAACGAGAAUAAAGCCAAUCCAACACAACAAAGUCAACUAUUUGGUAUGCAAGAACUAUAUAAUCAGUUUAUUAAAAGUGUUGAAGCCUCUGGAGUAGAUAUGAAAAAUGUGACUAUUGACGAAAAUAAAUCCGAACAAGAUAAGCAGAACGAAGAACCAAUGACAUCAAAGAGUAGUGAAGAACUUCUUUCAACCUCUUCCACAUCCACCUCUUCUACUUCUUCUUCAAGUUCAUCAAGUUCUGAAGAUAAUACAUCCUCCUCAUCAUCCUCCACUUCCAGUGCAACUUCAUCCGAUGAAAGUAAUGACUGCGAAAACUUUUCAAAAACCCCGGAAAAUCCAGAAAAGAAAUUCAAGAGUGAAGUUGUCGCAGCAAAUGAAAAGAGUAAUGAUGAUGAUGAAAUAUUGAACAAAAAUCGGGAAGAAACCCCCAAACUAAUAGUAAAAACAGAACCUCGCACCCCUUCUCCAGUUCAAAAGCCUCUUGUACUAAAUCAACCAUCUGAUCCACAAAACGUAAAAACUGCAAAAACGGAAGUAGCAAAAGACUUUAAGAAACUUAGAAGCUUAGAAGCGAAUCUUUCCCGCAUACAAAUGAUGCGCGAGAACUAUGACUCGAAUGAUGAAAUUAGUGAAGAACUGCAUAAAAUGGAAAUGUUAUUUUUACAAGAGAAGAAGUUAAUAUUACAAAAGUACGCUAAAAACUCCAAUGCAACGACUGACAGCCAUAGUCAUACACCAACGAUGCCUAUUCAAUUGCCAAGUGACUCCCAAGCUCAAACACAGCCACUGCCAGAACUUGUAAAACAAGAACCGAACAAAAUAUUUGAUUCGAAUCGAGAAGCCAUUAAGUUGACUAUUUCACCCAUGAAGCUACCAUCAAAGCCGGCCAUAUUCCUUACAUCUAUGGCCGAAGACACAGAGAAGAAACCCGGCGACGACAAGGAAGAGGUAGACUUUACGGAGAAACUUGUUAAACCAGCAAAAGAAGUGGCCAUCGUCAAGCCAAUGAUGGAAAAUAAAGAAUCGCAGGAGUCGCGUUCGAGAGAUUCUCAGAGACACAAUCGCUCUCCCGUUUAUAGUUCAAGCCGUGACCGACUACGUUCACCAGCAAACUAUAGGGAUCGCAAUCGUAGAUCGUCUUCCCGAUCAAGGUUUAGCCCACAACGAAGAGGUAGAGGUCGUUCACUGUCACUUAGUCCCCCGAGGCGGAAUACCCGUAAUGUGACGCCACCAAGGAGAGGUGUAGCACCAGGUGCCAGAUUCCGUAGACGAUCCCGUUCAAGGUCUCGAAGCCGAAGUCCACUACGUCAAUUUGCUAAUAGAAGAGGAAAGGAUGUCAGUCCAUUGAGAGGCAGAAAGUUAAGCAAUCAAUUGCAUUAUAAAAAGUUUUCACGUUCAAGAGGCUCAAGAUCGAGAUCGCCUAGAUCGCCACAAAGACCAAGAUCACCAAGAACGCCACCACCAAGGAGACGUUCCUAUAGUCCAGAUCGCUACUCUCCAUUGCCAUUUAAACCUCCAUCUCCCCCCAUGCGUCGCAGUCUGUCACCAUUGAAUUCUCCCCAUUCUGAUUCACGAAGAUCACGUUCUCCACACUCUCCUAGAAGACCACGUUCUCCUCGCUCACCCAGAUCUCCACGAUCACCCGUAUCGCCUCCACAUGGAUCACGCUAUGAGGAUCACAGACAUAGACGUGAUUCUAGUUUUGAAAGGCAUUCGUCAAUUUCCCCUCACGAACAAUACUAUGGCAGCCACGAUCAAAUAUCUAGUGGUGCUGGGGUAGCUGGAACCAACUCAUCAUACUACUACAACAUGUCCCCCAAUCGCAUUUCAUUGGAUGCCCGUAUAAAUAUCGUAUUAAAUGGUCCUGGCGAAAACCCUCCAGCCAUUUACGAUGAUUACUCGAACUAUGCGCAAUAUGGUGGGGCUGCUUACAUGUCCUUACCACCGCAACCAAUGCCAGAAGCUGCCAUCGGAUCAUCUGUGGGUUAUUAUUCAAAUCCAUACGUUUCAAUGCUUCCUCCUGCGCCAACUUCUGAAGGACAUCAUAUGCCCAUAGUAUCACAGCAACACAUGCAAUCGCAUCAUUCACCUUUACCUCCUCAUCUACAAGCUCAUUCGGCCCCACACCCAUCGAGUUACUCCCCCAUACCAACUAUCAACAGUAAUAGUAUGACACACUCAGGACCACCACAAACACCGCAACAGUACUACUACAACGAUUUCGCUGCAUCGGGUGGUCGUAUCCAGCAAAUCAAUCCCGUUCUUAAAGAAUUACCAAAGGUUAGCUCUGUAGCUGUGCAGAAAGGAAAUGUUUUGGAAAUAGUACCAUCGCAUGUCCAUACAGUAGUCACAAAAUCGGAUUCAUCAAAUGUGGAUGCAUCUGCCUGUACUUCUACUGCUAUUAAAGCACAUGAUGUGGCCGCUGCAUCAGAAGCGACCACCGAUACGUCAUCGGCAAAACACGUAACAUGUUCAACAGUUUCGUGGAAGGACGAGGUUAAUAGCCGACACAUAAAAUCAGCAGUCAUGCGUUUAAAUCGGGAAGGUGAAAGUUGUAUGAGAAGCAUAUUAAAGUCAUCAGCUGAUCCUUCAAGCAAAACACAGAAAACUGAGAAGAAAAAAGUCUAUUUCGAAGAUGGCAUUUAUCCAAGUCGCGACAGUGAUGACGAGGAUCGUAAAUUAGUCGAAGAUAGAAUUCGGCGCAAGGUUUUACGUCUUCGUAAGAAGCGUGGCAUUGAACUUUUGGUAGCACGUGAUUUGUUGGGUGAUGUCAAAAUUAAGGAAUCGCCUAAAAUCGAUCCAGCUUUAGAGAAACUACCACCACCUCCUCCACCCUCAGUACCGCUUCCAGCGCAUUUGGAACAACCUAUUUAUUUAAGACCCCCCACACCGGUACCCCUUGUUUAUUUUCAUUUCGAUUCAAUGGUACACUCGAUGUAUGUUUCUCAAUUGGAAAAAGGUAUACCGCCACGACUGCUCAAUCCCAAAUGCUUACCUCCAUCGGCACCACCGGCAUCAGCACGUUCGCCGAAUGUUAAUUCACCAAACGCAACGUGCAGUAGCAGCAAAAAAGAAUUGACAACCAUGGCAGCAUUGAAUCGAGUUGGUCGUGCCGAAGGCCAUAGUUUGCAUUCGCCGAAGAUGAUGAUGUGUGAAAAGUCGCGCGAUAGCCCGAAUCAUGGAUUUUCAGACCGUCAUGCUACUAAAAAUAUUGGAAAUUUCAUAGGACCGCCUGGAUCACCGCAAUUACAACCCCCACCACAGAUACGUCAUGCUUCUCCGCCUAUGGGUUUUAUUGGCAUGCGUAUAAAUAAUUUUACCCGCCUACCCCCAUCUCCUUUAACACGUGGUCCAAUGCCCCACUUCGUGCCAUCAUUAGGUAUGCCCAUGAAUGUUAGGCAUCCGCAAUUCAAUAUGCCACCACCGGGAAUGCCGCCCGAAAAUUAUUCAGGGCCGCAAACUUUUAACACACCGCAAAAGCCUCCGCCGCCCGUCCUUAUGAAUAUGCAUCAGAGACCUCCGAAUACAGGCUACUUUGUGGGAUCACCAUCCAUGCAGCAUCCUCCACCGCCUUUACAUCCCAGUGAAAUGGAACCAAACCCACAUUCGAGAAUGGUUAGCCCGCAAGCCAUGAUAGCACCUUACAACGUAAAAAAGACUGUAAAUUGAAUGCAUGAACGCUGACGAGAAUGACAGCGUAUAGCGUAUCGAAGGUCCAUACCGGACCUGCAACUACUAUUUUCAUAUUUAUUUAAGACUUAUCCGUAAUAACAACAUAGAAAUAUCAUUUUCUAUGUAUGCAAUAUUAAUUUGAAGUAGAAUUUUGCCAAUAAGGAAAAAAACUGGUCCAUUGUGUUCAUUCAAGGACUUCAUGUUUUAUAUCAGUAAAAUACAUAACACAUUUUCAUCGCUUUUAAAUUUAGGUAUAAAUGUAAAUUUUUUCACACUACCAGCCAAAUGUUCCCACAUCUAACAAUGAAUUCAUUUAGUUUAAGUUUUCCCACAAUUGGAUAUGUGUUUCAGCUUAUAUUUUGUGUAACAAAAAGAAAACCUCCAAAACGAGUGUUCAUUGAAUUUAUAUUUUUUUAGUUACAUUUGCAUAGUUGUUUAUUUAGUUUUUCUUUUUAGUUUGUAAUCCAAAUAGUUUGUUAUACUACUACUACCACUCCUAAUAUUACACACAAAUAUAAUUAUGAUUAAUGUCUUAUUCAAUAUUAGAAUUUUAAAUACUUUGAAAAAGUUUUAAGUAGUUUAAAGAUCAAUACAAAAAUGUAAUGAAAUUGAAAACAAAACAAACAGCAAAAUGUAUUCAAUAAAGUACAUUAUAAAAAUGUG